GCGGCCGGUAGCUGCCGCCGCCCCCGCUGGCCCCUUCUCCGGCUGCCCCCAUCAGACCUCGCCGGGAGGGGUGAGAGAGAUGACGCUUGGGGCGCAGCUCCGGUGCCGCACCCCGUAAAGGGCUGAUCUUCCACCUGGCCACCUCACCAACUGGCAGCCAAGACCCAACCUGCUCACACGGCUCUGGUGCUUGUGAAACGGAACACAACAAGAGCAUGGAUAUGGGAAACCAGCACCCUUCCCUCAGGAGGCUGCAGGAGAUCCAGAAGGAGGUGAAGAGCAUAGAGCAGCAGGUGACCAGCUUCAGCGGCCUCUCGGACGACAAGAGCUACAAGAGGCUGGAGAGGAUUCUCACCAAGCAGCUUUUCGAGAUCGACUCCGUGGACACUGAGGGCAAAGGCGAUAUCCAGCAGGCGCGGAAGCGGGCAGCCCAGGAGACCGAGCGUCUCCUCAAGGAGCUGGAGCAGAACGCGAGCCACCCGCACCGGCUCGAGAUGCAGGCGCUCUUCCAGGAGGCGCAGGUCCUGGUGGAGGAGAAGAUCGUGCCCUCGUACAGCGGGGGCGGCGGCGUGCCCGAGGAGUUCGAGGAGGGCAUCCAGGACAUCAUCCUGCGGCUGACGCACGUGCGGACGGGCGGCAAGGUCUCCCUGCGGAAGGCCCGCUACCGCACCCUCACGCGCAUCUGCGCCGUGCAGCAGAUCAUCGAGGACUGCGCCCGGCAGCAGCCCUCGCUGCCGCUGUCCGAGGACGCGCACCCCUCGGUGGCCAAGAUCAACUCGGUGAUGCGCGAGGUGAACAAGGCCAGGGGCACCCUGAUCGCCCUCCUGAUGGGGGUGAGCAGCAACGAGACCUGCCGGCACCUGUCCUGCGUGCUGUCGGGGCUGAUCGCCGACCUGGACGCCCUGGACGUGUGCGGGCGGACGGAGAUCCGGAACUACCGCAGGGAGGUGGUGGAAGACAUCAACAAGCUGCUGAAGUACCUGGACUUGGAGGAGGAAGCGGACACCACUUACGCCUUCGACCUGGGGCAGAACCAUUCCAUCCUGAAAAUAGAAAAGGUCCUCAAGAGGAUGAGGGAGGUCAAAAACGAGCUGCUCCAAGCCCCGAAGCCCGCAGAGCUGUACCUGAGCGCCAAGACGGAGCUGCAGGGCCUGAUCGGCCAGCUGGACGAGGUGAGCCCCGAGAAGAACCCCUGCAUCCGGGAGGCCCGGCGGCGCGCCGUGGUGGAGGUGCAGACGCUCAUCACCUACGUGGACCUGAAGGAGGCGCUGGAGAAGCGGAGGCAGCUGGCGCCCGAGGAGCAGCCGCCCCACAGGGCCGUCUGGACCGUCCUGGGGAGCCUGUCCGAGAUCCAGGGGGAGGUGCUGUCCUUCGACGGCAGCCGGACCGACAAGAACUACAUCCGGCUGGAGGAGCUGCUCACCAAGCAGCUGCUGGCCCUGGACGCCGUGGACCCGCAGGGCGAGGAGCAGUGCAAGGCCGCGCGCAAGCAGGCGGUGAAGCUCGCCCAGAACAUCCUCAGCUACCUCGACAUGAAGUCCGACGAGUGGGAGUACUGAGGCCCGCGCCCGCGGGGUCCGGCGUGCCCCACGCCAGUAUUUAGGAUGCAAGCAAAUUAUAUUGAGUAUCUGCGCUGCUUUUGAUGUUGCAAAACAAAUAUCAUUACAACACAUUUAACUUUUCCAUUUGGGUCAUUAUCUGUAUGUUGUGGUGUGGUGUUUGGUGUUCGGGGUUUUUACUCAGAAAAAGGAGUCGGGGCAGCUCUUCUGAUUCUUAAUGGGUUGUGCAAGCACUGAGUGCAGAUACCGCGGAGCCUGCCACGAGGAGCUGACGUGGUACCCCGCAGCCACGGGAGGGGACACUGGCCGUCCCGCCGGGCCGCGCCUGCUGGGCACCGGCCCAAGGCUGCCCGGGCGCGGGUUCUCUCGCUCGAGGUUUGUGUCUUCAUAUUUUCCCUUUUGCUUCUGCACGCAGCUUUUGCUUGAGGGGGGACGUGUGUUUCCCCCUUUACUCUGCACCGAGGGGGGCGUUUUACUCUCACCCGUGACCCGAGGAAAUUAUGAAAAGUAGCAGCAGCAGCCUUGACGCUCCAGCCGCUGGCGCCGGGAAGCCGUCCUGGCCCCGGCGGCGGGACCGAGCGUGCGGCCUCCUGUCGUCGCGGGAGGCGUUUAAAGGAAGUGAAUGGACCAAAGAGAAAACAAAAGGUGUCCCCACAUGGGACGGCCACCGCGUCGGCUCAGGCCCAGCCCCGAAUAAGGUCCCGGCGCGGCAGGCCGGGGCUGUCGCCGCCGCGAGACGUGUGGCUGAGCUCCCCUGCGGCGGCCCUCGGCGGCGGGGCGGGGCGGCGGGAGGUCGCUGUCCCCCACCCGACCGAGCAUGGACUGAGCCCACCGGGCUGGGUGCCUGCAGGAGCCACCCCUCACCCGGCGGGCGCCCGGAGGUGUGGGCCUGCCUGUGGCCGCUCAGGCCGGCCACGUGUUCACAAGCAGGAGUGUCGACAUCCUGCAGCUCUGGGGCACAGGCCAGCGGGACCAGGCCGCUCCUGCGCCCGCCCUCAGGCACUGGGGGUCGGCUCCCCUCUCCGGACACGCACUUCGGAGGCUUGACCAGGCCGCAGCUUCAAACAGCUCAGACUUGAUAGCCCCCCCACCCCCCACAGGGGACAGAUGUAAGGCCCUAAGUCAAUUCCUGCUCUGCCCCAAUUACCCAAUCAUUAAUGCUUUCCCCACCAGAAAUUUCUAGAAUUGGGACAGGGUCCUCCCACUCGUGGGAGGCCUGCGCCGCCUCCCUGUGCCCAGCCAGCUCCUGGCACCUCCAGGCCCUCUGUACCCAGAGGGGAGCCGGAAGCCCAUUGUGGCCAAAGCACUUUGGGGCGGCCCUGGGGUGUCGCGGCUGUAGGACACUCCGGGAGACCGAGGCAGCUCGUACCUGGGGCCGCUGCUUCAUCUUGAGGGUGAAGUCAGGCGGCAGUGUCUUCUCAGAAGGCGCCCAUGGGCUUUGCCCACCAGCCUGCGGCCCCCAGUGACCCCCCAGCGCCUGAGCCGCCCUGGUGUGGGGUACCCGGCUCCCCACGGUCACCUUGACUUUCCCAAAUGUGUCACUUCAGCUUGAAGCAGCUUGGGGCCGACGCUCACCCCGUCCCGCUUCCUUCUCGCUGCGCGUCUGUCGGCCCAGGCCCCGCUCCCGGGGUGGCCGGCGGGGCGCCUCAUUGUACUGUGCUGUAUGGCCUUCGCGCCGGCCCUGUACCGCCGUGAAGCCUGGCCUGCCAGGUCCGCCUGGGCCUGCAUUAAACGGAUAGUCCUCGUGCAAAACCGGCUGCGACGUGCUUUCUU